AUGCCUCCCCAAUUAGCGAUUUCGACUGCUCCCUCUUCUCUUCCUAGCACCAACGGCAGCGGCGCUGGACGUGGAAAAAGCUAUUAUCGUGGCCGUCGGGGUGCACGGGGUGUCAACUCCGCCUCCGCUUCCGAUACGGGCUCAGCAACCGAGAGCUCUGGACCCAGUCUCCUGAGCAGAAUCGGGCCCCGCACAGAUGGAACGGUCGAAGCAGCUUCACCCACGACACCGAGAGCAGAAGGAAGGGGGAAGAGUGCCUUGUCGAUCAGAGGUACUGGUCUGCCACCGAAGCCUGUGCAUGGGAGUGGGAAUGCAACCGGCAAUGGGAAAAGGGGAUCGGGUGCAAGGAAAGUUCCCAGCAGUAUCAGCUUGAGCGCGUCGUCUGUAUCAUCUGUGGAGGUGAUCAGGGAUCCACCUCCUCACUCCGUCGCCGACCCGCCUCCGAUGCUCUCCAGCGCAAACUCCAGUAAAGACAGACGUGUCGCUCAAUCCGCACCACCCGAGCGCCCAGUAUUUGAUAACGUUGAGUCCGAUCGCCCCGCCAGCGCAUUGGUCGUAUCUGCGACCAAAGAGGCUUCUCUUCGAAGUGUUUCACCGACUCCGCGGCUCAACUGGGCUGACGAGACGGACGACGAUUCCUUGCCCGAUUUGGAUGAUUGGAUGACUCCUGCUCUCACUGCUGGACUGGGAUACAAAGAUGAAACCGCCCCUGGGGAAGAGGACGAUCAUGCCACGCCUGUGGCAACAAACGCGCCUGCCGGUCCACUGAGGGAAAGGAGGAAACGCGGUGCAGGGAAGAAGAACAAGCAGCUUGCGGCGAAGGCAGCGGAGAACGCUGCUGCUGCUGCCGCCGCUGCGACCUCCGAUGCCACUCCUGGUGGCACGGCGAAUGCACAGGAUCCACCUGCCAGCGGGCUGGACGAGUCUAUCACGAAUCUGUCUCUCGGUGUGAGCGGAAAGGAGGAAGAAAACAAAGGCAACAAGGUGAAACCGAAAGAGAAAGAGACCGAAGUCACGACGCCCAAGGCGGAUUGGCGCUCCGUCCUUCCCGAUACAGGACGCGAUGGUGCGCUCCAGCUGCUCUCCGCCCUCGCAGGCUCCAUCUCCACUUCUAAGCCUGCGUACCGCACUCCUGCGCAAAGGCAUGCUGAAGCCGCUGUCACUGUCGUUUCAAGCGCGACGUUGGACCCGCCUGUCAUCUCGGCUCCUGAACCGUCCAAGCCAGCCACUGUGUCAGCUGGUCCAUCUACUCGGGUACGCGCUGUCCCCAGCCCCGCCCCCAUUGGCGGCGUGUCUAGUAGAGGAGGGCCGCAGUCAUUUCCCUCUCGCGUCUCUCCUCGCGUGAACGGGGUGCACCAUUCCACUGUCUCAGGUGGAGGGUUCAGAGGGCCAUAUAGGGCGGAGCCAGGGGAUACGCCCGUCACACUUCCGAAGAAACAUGCAAGGCCAGUCAUCACGGCUGAUGCGAUCACCCGUUUGGCCAGAGGGCUGAUGGCCACUCCAAAGCAUGACCACAGUGGAGCUGGGAAUGGCGGUGGGAGUAUGAACGGGAGUGAGGGUGGGAGCACGGCGGGCGACGGAGACAAUGACGCGAAAGAGAACAAAGCCGACUCUGUGGUAUCUUGA